AUGACCGACCUCGUACCUAGAUCCGCCCAGCCCCAUAAGGACGAUGCCGAACCGUCGUCCGUGACCCCACUGCCGUCGAAAAUGGAGGAAACGUUGGGUCUGCAGGACCUCGAGUUGAUGAUGCACUGGUGUACAACGACGUACCGGUCUAUGGCCCGCGACGAUGUAGCGGAGUCGUUGUGGCAGACGAUCAUUCCACAAUUAUCGCUACGGUUCCCGUACCUGCGGCAUGGGCUGCUGGCUCUGUCGGCUCUCCAAAGAGCGGGGACUAGUACGAGCCCGGGGCGUAAAUGGCGCUAUCUGGUCUUGGCGCGCGAGCACCAAAGCCAUGCUCUCGCGGGCAUUUCGCUGGACGGAGUGCAGGAUCCCACUACGGCGCAAUGUAAUGCCACCUUUGCUCUUUGCUGUGUUUUGUUGGUCUUUCCAUAUGCAUAUUGCCUGAUCGACGACGAUGUGGACGAGGCCGAGGAACAACCGGGCGUCUUGGACGAGUUCCUCGAGGUAUUUGAACUCACGCGGUGGCUGGUUAGCGCCAUGAUGAUGACCAUGGACCGAGUGGCAGCUGGCGAACUAUACCCGCUCAUCGACCGCGAGCAAACACGGCCAACCAUGCCCGAUAUGUCACACCUGGUAGUUUCGACUCUUCGGCGGCAGAAUGAGAGCGAGGCCCAAUUAGACCCCUCCCAUGAGAAGGAGGUGUACGGCCAGGCGAUUGAGCAUCUGCGCAGCUCACUUGAGCGGUUGAUGAAUGGCGGCGAGCCCAAGGACUUUGCUUUUUGCUGGGCCUUCCGCAUUCCUGUUAGGUAUCAGGACCUGGUACGCGAGCGAAAACCGUUUGCUCUGGUCGUUCUGGCCCACUACGCCGUCAUCCUGCACCACCUGCGAGAUUCCUGGUGGAUGGGUGAUUGGGGCAUCCGCAUUCUUCGGGAAGUCGAUGCCUGUCUCGAGCCGCAGUUCCGCCAUUUGAUUAGCUGGCCCAUCGAUGCCACCGGUGGGUACUUUUCGCUCGAGGAGUGA